UUCUGAAGGUGGGUUCUGCCUGGACAGAGAUGCGGUGCUUCCACAUCCUGCUUCCAUUCUGGCUUACAGGGAACCCGAGAAACCAUGAUCCCACUUUGUGGGUAAGAAGACAGGUUCCACAGCCCCAGAUAGCUUGCUCCACAUUUCCCAUUCUGUAAGCAGGAGGAGGAAGACUUCUGCCUGUGCUGGAACAGUGGGCAUUCCCACACUACCUACAAGUCUUGGUCUGAUCAGUAACCCAGCAGGUGUUGGAUGGUGACAGUAUUGAACAUGCUCAGGGAGUUCCAUCAGACAGUGCUCACUCCUGAAGUGCGCAGUCCUUUCUCUCGCUGUUUGCUGGUACAUAGAGAUGUGUGAACUAUGUAGCGUUAUCCCCGUCACACUGACGCUAGGUGAAGUAGCUAGCUCCCUGCCUGCUGUGUAACUUGUGUGUGCUGGCCAUCAGGGUUGACAUCCAGUCCUACUGUGACAAAACUCAGUUCCAGGAAAAAUGAGGUCUGUCUGCAGACAGGCAUGUGAGAGUGGUGUUCCUGGUUGGAAGAGAGGGGAUGGGGCGGUAAGUAUGCUUACAGGAGAGAGUAACAGGGAAAGCUUAAAAAAUACUAGUCCUUGAGCCAGGUGUGGUGGCUCACUCUUGUAAUUCUAGCACUUGGAAAUUGGAGACAGGAGGACUUUGUGAAUUCUAGGCCAGGCUGGAAGUACACUGUUUCAAAUAAAAUAAAAAGGGUGUGUGUGUGAGAGAGUGCUGAGCUUUUUGAAUGGGCAACAGAAUAUUUGCUGGGGUUUGGGGAGAUUUUCCAGUGUUGGGAUUGAACCCAGGGUCUUGAGCAUACUGUACAAACCUCCCACUAGGCUAUAUCAGCAGCCCCCAGAAGGGUCUUUUGAAAAGAACAAGUGUUAAAGAAAGGAGGGGUGGGGACAGCUUGACCAGUUACCAUGCCUUUAUGACACUACCUCUGUGACCUGCCGUAUUGAAUUAGUUAGGUCCUUUGUGGUACAUGGCUUUCUUUAUUCUAGUUUUGUAGUAACUGUUAGAGGUACUCCUGGUGAAAGUGGGAGAUCGGAGGAAAUGGCAGCUGGUCACUCAACCCUCAAAAGACAUCCUUAUCCCGGUGAGCCAGUCAAAACCCUGCUUUGUCAUGGAUUAUCUCCCAAGGUCCAAAGUCCCUAAAACCAGAUUUACACACUGAGAACAGACCAGAUUGCUACCAACCAGCCAGUUCUCUCUUCUGGGAAAUUCCAUUAGCCAAUAUAUGGGGAUCUGUGGUUAGGUUUGGCUGGACAGGUGGGGCCGGGGGGUGGGGGGACUACCUUCACUCCAAAGGCACAUUUACUGACAGCUGGUUUCUUGGACUGCUUGAAUAGACACUGGUAGAGUUGGCUUCUAAAACUCCAUUUGAUGCUUCUGAGCCCCACUCCCACACCCCUCAACACACACAAACAGCAAGCCCAAGUGGCUGGACAUGUAGCUUAGUUCCUAGACUGCUUUGUCUAGCAUGCACAAAGCAUGAAUUCUGUCCCAGCACAGGCAUGGUGACAGUCUAGUUGUUGAAAGUCUGCCUGGGGUAAAUGAGACCCUGUCUCAAAAGUGUUGGAAUCAGAACUCUGUACUGGGAUUGGCUAUGUUGUGUGAUUUUUGAGACAGGUUUUGUACUGACUUGGAAUCUUGAAAUUUAUUUUUUUGGUGAGUUCUGAAGAUAGUGCCUUGGUCACUUACAUACCUAAAUCUUUCCAUUUCUUCAGUUGAUAAAAAUGAUUUAUUUUUACUUUUGCAAGUUAGUGGAAGAGGCCAACUAUGCUCUGACCUUACCAUCCUACACACAGCCUUGACUUUCUUAUUUAUCCCCAAAGACCUUACUGCCAUCUCCAGCCAUGCCCUGCCAGGUUCAAGCCUCACCAGCUGCCUUUACUUUCUCCAGGAAAAGUUCCUAGCCUCUGCCUUUAAUCCCAGUAGAGGCAGGCAGAUCUCUGAGUUUGAGGACAGCCUGGUCUACAGACCAGUUCCUGGACAAACAAAGACUACAGAGAGCUCUUGUUUCGAAAAAACAACUAAAAAGAAAGGUCCCUAGCUCUCCCGGGCAGUUGUCGAGACUUCUAGACAUUCACGGUUAGAGUGUGAUCCCAUCUCUUCCCUUGGUGGUUCCUAUCGCCUUUGCAUUUCCUUUGCUUAACUGGUAAACCGGAGAGGACAUCCCUGACUACCUUACCUUCAGGAAGACCUUUCCCAGUUUCAGCUCGCUGCUUUUCCCCUGCGCUUAAACCAGCACCUUUUUAUUUCUUUUGCUAGCUUUCUCCACACUCUAAGCUCUGUGAGAUCAGGGUCCACUUGACAGCCCUUACCCCAGAGACUUAGUAUGAGGGCCAAGGCACAGAUAAGGAACUCGGGAGCCCCAGUGCUCAGUUCUUCCAUCCUCGGUGCUUGGCACACCAAGAAUAUGAGGCAAGUAAGGUCCAGAGCCAAGAUUACUAAGAAAAAUCCGUAUUCGACUUCCCUAAAGCCACAGAGUAGCUAUCCAGCCCUCCACCUGAGUCUGAUUGUGCCUUGGCAACCGUCUCCUAGGAGAUGGGAAACAGAGGGCGGGGCCCAAGAGGGCGCAAGGGCUGAGGAGGCGCUGUGGGGCGCUGGGAGCGAACCUGGCUAGAGGCGCAUGCAGGGCCUCAGCGCGGCGCUUAUCCUGAGCGCGGGGCAGCUGGGGCCCGGGGCCGCCUGGUACCGCCAGGAGGGCAGCUCGGAGUGCAGCUGGCUCCGGAGGCAGCAGCCACCCGAGCUCCGCACCAAUUUCUCGUCCCGCUGGCCCUGGGCACGCAACUCCGAGUUCCGGCAGUCUGAGAGGCAGCAAUGGCCUGGUCCCGCCUCCGCCAGGCCCGAGGUGGCGCGCUGUGGCGAAGGCCAAGGGGAUUACAGCCCGUUGCCUGCGCGCCACCUAAGCAGCGCUCGCGAGUCGUCCGUGCCCGGUGCUCUGGGCACUGUGAACCCCGAAACCGUCUGCUCCCUGGUCCCCCCGACCCCGGAUGAGCCCCUUCCUGAUGCCCUGCCGCCGCCUGAUGAUUCCGUACUCCUCUGGCGAGGACUCAACAAGGGACCUCACCACAUGGGCCGACUCAGAAACGCCAAAAUCCACGUAGAGAGAGCCGUCAAGCAGAAGAAGAUCUUUAUGAUUCAUGGCCGAUACCCAGUGAUCCGGUGUCUCUUGCGCCAGAGGGGCUGGGUAGAGAAGAAGAUGGUGCAUCCCCCAGGCACAAUCCUGCCACCUCCCCAGAAGGAUCCAGAUAGCUCCAUGCUGGGUGACAGCGAUGCUACGGAGGAUGAGGAUGAAGAAGAGAAUGAGAUGUUUCGAGAGGCGCAGCUGUUGGACUUGGAUGGUUUCCUGGAACUUGAUGACCUAGAUGGGGUACAUGCUUUGAUGUCCCGCAUGGUUCGAAAUGAGACCCCCUAUCUCAUCUGGACCACUCGGCGUGAUGUGCUGGAUUGUCGCUUCCUUUCCAAGGAUCAGAUGAUAAACCAUUACGCCCGUGCAGGCUCCUUCACUACAAAGGUGGGCCUUUGUCUCAACCUCCGGAAUCUGCCAUGGUUUGAUGAGGCUGAUGCUGACUCCUUCUUCCCACGAUGCUACCGAUUGGGGGCAGAGGAUGACCAGAAAGCCUUUAUAGAGGACUUCUGGCUGACAGCUGCCCGCAACGUUCUCAAGCUGGUGGUGAAGUUGGAAGGGAAGUCACAGCUCAUCUCCAUCCAGGCAAGAGAGGAAGAGGCCCUAGAAGAUACACAGUCCAAGAAACAGGAAAAGAAACCAGUGACAGUGUCGUCAGACUUUGUGGAUGAGGCUCUGAGUGCAUGCGAAGAGCACCUCAGCAGCAUAGCCCACAAAGACAUCGACAAGGACCCCAACGCCCCGCUGUACCUCGACCCCGACGGUUGGUCCCUGUUCCUUCAGCGCUACUACCAAAUAGUCCAUGAAGGGGCAGAACUCAGAUACCUGGAGGUUCAAGUCCAGCGCUGUGAAGAUGUCCUACAGCAGCUUCGGGCUGUGGUACCCCAGAUAGACAUGGAGGGGGAUCGGAACAUCUGGAUCGUGAAGCCCGGAGCCAAGUCCCGAGGCCGAGGCAUUACGUGCAUGGACCACCUGGACGAGAUGCUGAAGCUGGUGGACUGUAACCCCAUGCUAAUGAAGGACGGCAAGUGGAUUGUGCAGAAGUACAUCGAGCGGCCCCUGCUUAUCUUCGGUACCAAGUUCGACCUGAGACAGUGGUUCCUGGUGACUGACUGGAACCCACUCACUGUGUGGUUCUACCGAGACAGCUACAUCCGCUUCUCCACACAGCCCUUCUCCUUGAAGAACCUGGACAACUCUGUGCACCUGUGUAACAACUCCAUCCAGAGACACUUGGAGGCUUCCUGUCACCGGCACCCGAUGCUGCCCCAGGAUAACAUGUGGUCCAGCCAGAGGUUUCAGGCCCACUUGCAGGAGGUAGAUGCCCCAAAGGCCUGGUCCAACGUCAUUGUGCCUGGCAUGAAGGCUGCGGUGAUUCACGCCCUGCAGACCUCCCAAGACAACGUGCAGUGCCGGAAGGCCAGCUUUGAGCUCUAUGGGGCAGACUUUGUGUUUGGGGAAGACUUCCAGCCCUGGUUGAUUGAAAUCAAUGCCAGCCCCACCAUGGCACCUUCCACUGCUGUCACUGCCCGCCUCUGUGCUGGUGUGCAGGCAGAUACCCUGCGUGUGGUCAUCGACCGGCGCCUGGACCGCAGCUGUGACACAGGAGCCUUUGAGCUCAUCUAUAAGCAGCCUGCUGUGGAGGUGCCCCAGUACGUGGGUAUCCGGCUCGUGGUGGAGGGCUCUACCAUCAAGAAGCCCGUGCCCGUGGGUCAUCGGCGGACAGGGGUCCGCUCCUCACUCCCUCAUCUGAUGACACAGCAAGGCUCUGGGGAAAGCAAGGACUCAGGCUCCCCUACUCAGAGGUCAGCUUCUAGGAAAAAUGCUAGGGCUGAGAGUCUGGGACACGCCGCUGAGAAGCCAGAAACUACUGCCACCACCUCAGUCCCCGGAAAGGGGAAGAAAGCCCCUUUCCACUUCCCUAGCCUCCAUGACAAGGCCUGGCUGCCUUCUCCCCGUGUGCACCGACCCCAGAGCUGGGUCCUCAGACUCCAGCAUGGCCAGCUGGUGGGCUCUAAGGCUCUGUCAACCACAGGCAAGGCCUUGAUGACUCUACCUACUGCCAAGGUUCUGAUGUCCUUCCCACCUCACCCCGAUCUCGAGCUGGCAUCUAGCAUGCUGAAGCCAGGAAAGGUGGGCUUCGAGCUGCGCUGCACACCCUGGCGGGUAGUACUGAGCAGUGGGAACGGGGAAGAAGGGCACAGGCAGAGGGCAGCGCCCAGACCAAGCAGUGCACCAGGGAAGGGCUUGUCUUCCACAGAACCCUGUUUCAAGACAGAGGCCUGAUCAUCUCUCUCUUCCUCCCCUCCUUUGCACCGAGGCUGCUAACCCCCUGCACCUUCGAGGCCCCCACUUUGGAAGUGCCUUGUGGCCUCUGCCCUUUGAAGCCGGACUUCUUCCUAGCACCCACAGGAAAGUCAAGGCCAAAGGCAAGUUCAAGGCCAGACUCGGCAACACACCCAGGGCUGAGGCAUACCCCAGGAAGAGGCUGAGCCUCCCCAAUCCCUUCACCCUUAUUUUGGUGUCCCGAGGCCUGGGGCCCAUAGGGGCUAAGAAGCUAGAGAAGCCCCUGCUCUGAUCUUCACCGCCCUAUUCCGGAUCCAGCAUCAAAUUAAAAAAAAAAAAAA